CUUUAGUGAGCAGACAAGCAUUAAUGAUCGCCUCAGGUACUGACGGAAAUCGCGUUCAGUUGAUUACCACCAAAACAGUCAUAUUCUGUCAAAGUCAUUGGCGUGCGUAGAUUCAGCUUAAUGUAAAGUGGAAGUUUGGUAAAGUGAAGAUCAGUGCGAUAUUAUUAUUAUUCGUUCGAGAAUGCGAUAUUAACAUCUAUCUCCCUACUUUUGCGAGAGUUUUAACAAAAUGGAGAAUAAAACCUUUAUUCUGCUGACGAUUUCAUUAUUUCUGCUGCUUUUGAAGCUGGCAUCUGGUGCUUCGGGAGAUCCACAAAAUGGUUCCACGACUACCAGCAAUCAUAGCGCGGGUCAAUCAGCUCUACAGGCUAAGUUAAACGAGACGGUAUCGAAAGUGAUUGAAGCAUUCGAGGAGAAUUCCUACCCAGAGGAACCACCCAGCCAGGAACAUAAAAAGGGGCGAAUUAUGGCUCGGAAAGGUGUCGACAUGAACGCCACUACUACGACUACAACGGCCACAGCAAUUGUGCUGACCUCGGAACCUAUGCCGAAAGGCAGUGAAGCGCAGCAGCAUAACAUUUCAUUGCCACUAACGAGCAAUAUUAGCACUAGCAGCAAUAACACAAUCGCAGCUGGCGCUGGUAACGUAGCUAAAGUAAAUGCAACAACGCCCACAUCAACCAGCAACAGUAAUGUGUCUGCAGUAACAUCCAGUACUUCCAAACCUGCACUAACUAAUACUACGGCAGCCGCGAGUAGCUCCACAACAACAACAACAACGACCACGACUAGCACCACAACAAAAUCUCCAAAGAAGCCAAAAAUAACCUAUUCAGUGGACGACGAACCGAAACUAAUUCAAGCAGCUAAACCGGGAUACGAUUCACUUUCCAGCGUAGCUGGCACAACUGGCUUGAGUGACGCCAAUGGACGGUUGCAUGUGGAAGAACCACUGGUCGAGCUGUCGAAAGAGUACAUCCCAGCGGCAAUGAUGGGACCUCCGGGCGGACACCGGGAGUUCGUUAUCCCGGUGGUAACGUUGAUCUUUGCGAUUCCCCUGCUGAUGGGGCUGUUUCUGCUGUCCUAUCGGCGAGCGAAGGAGUUCUGGUUGACGCGACACUACCGUCGAAUGGAUUUUCUUGUGGAUGGGAUGUAUAACUACUAGGAUCCGGUUAAUGUUGACGGUGAGGGACCGACUGGGAGUCGGCUCCAGCGCUAUAGGAUAGCGAACGUAAGCGUUAAUGGAAGAAAAAAAAGCAUUUAGGAUUAAAUAUUUGAUUCGAUAGCUGAAUGUGAUUUUUAUUUUGUUUUGGAAUGUUUGUUUUUUAAACUAGGACAAAGGUUAGUUUAGGCUCUUUGGAUGCGACAAUCAAUUAUCAAAAGAUGCCAGCCAGUGUUUCUAUCGUCAUUGAAAAUAUUGCCCACGCAAUGUAAUUCGGUUAAUGCAGCAAUGAAACGCAUCAUCAAAUAGAAAAUAACGAAUUUACAGUGAUAACAUUUAAAUAACGCAGAAACUAUCUCCGAGUAGCCAAGAAAAUUAUAACCGUUUAAUCAUAAUCAAAAUUUUGCAUGAAUAGACAGAAGUUGGAAGCGUCGUUCGAAAAUGCUCAUAAAUAGUGGCAAAACACUUCCCGAUAUGAUUAAGAAAGUGCCUUUCCGAACAACAUAUACGUAACUAGCGAAUUAGAUAACAAGGAAAACGUACUGAAUUUGUCUUACCAUGUAUUAUUUCACUGAACAUGCUCAAAAUUGUUAUUCAAACUGAACGAACAUGUCACUGCUGGUUUAAAAAAUCAAAAUAGUUUGCAGAUGAUGCGAGUAGAGAUAUGAUCUUACACGAAAGUAGCUGACUUUUAUUAAGGUAACACUAGAUAUCAGAUAGGCUGUAAAAAUAAAAGCAAAGCAACAUCUAAGUCGAAUUCGAAAUUUGGAAUUGUUUUUCUUCUCUUUUUUAUUUCUCUAAACUAGCUUGCGAAUAAAAUACAGAGUUGUGGUUGAAUUACAUUGCUUUAUUUUUGUGAAA